AUGCUUCGUUUGCGGCGCCUCACUGGAACCCUAGGCCAAGGGAAGCCCUGGAGCCAUGGACGCCGGGCAUCAACUUUGGAUCCAAAGGCUGUGGCAGCCUUCGCCGCAUUGGAACAUGAAAAUUGGGAGAAGGCCGUGCUGGCCUACGACAAAGGCUUCGGACCUUUGACGCGCCAAUGUAUCCCCGAACUGUUGGAUGCUGUUCACUGCAAACCUGGCAGCAGGCUUUUGGAUGUUGCCACAGGACCUGGAUUUGUUGCAGAAGCUGCAGAAAAGGCUGGAGCAUCGGUGACUGCCAUGGACUUCUCUAAGAAUAUGCUUGAAUUGGCUGAGAAGCGCUUGAAGGCAGAUGUGAAAUUGGUCGAAGCAGAUGCCGCGGCAAUGCCUUUUGAAGCAAGCUCCUUUGAUGCGGUGGUGUGCAGUUUCGGGGUGCUCCAUUUGCCUGUGCCAGAGGACUUUUUCGCUGAAUCGCUGCGGAUUUUGCGUCCAGGUGGCCGCUUAGGUUUCACAGUUUGGGCAGCAACUCCAGCGACUGAAGCCAUGGCAUUGGUUCAUGAAGCAGUUCAGCUGCAUGGAAAUCCCAACGUUCCUUUGCCAGAAGCUCCACCCUUUUUCCGCUUUGCCGAUGUGAGUGAUACUACGACCACUCUGGAGACCGCUGGAUUUUGUGCUGUCGAAUGCAAGCAGGUCCCAAUGACUUGGGAUCUCCUGGACCCCACAGAGGCCUUCGUGACGUUUCGCGACGGGACUGGCCGCACAGCUGCGCUGCUAGCUGGACAGACUGAGGAUCAGCUGAAGGCUAUAGAAGAGCACAUCACCAAGGGUACUGAAGCGAAGAGGCCCCGCGUCAAAAAGCAGGGGUGGGAAGGAUCAGCACUUCAGACGUUCCGUGCCAAUCAGCUUCGGCCUUUCAGCGACGGCAAGACGGAGGAGUGGCGGACCAUCCCAAAUGCCUUGACUGGAUUGCGAUUAUGCGCUGUGCCGGGAAUCGUCGCAGCAUGGUAUUGGCCAAAUCCUGCUUUGGCAGCGGGUCUUUUCGGAGCAGCAGCCAUCACGGACUGGUUCGAUGGUUAUUUGGCACGACGUUGGAAUCAACAAACUUCGUUGGGUGCCUUGCUGGAUCCCCUGGCGGAUAAGCUGCUGGUAUCCACGACAUUGGUUCUCCUGGUUGAGCAUGCAGUGAGCCCACAGGUGACGGUACCGGCAGCGUUGAUUCUGGCGAGAGAGCUGGGCGUGUCAUCCUUGCGAGAGUGGGCGCAGCACCAUCGCCCUAAGGAAGCCGGGAGAGUUUCAGUGGCCUGGCAUGGCAAGGCCAAAGCAGCCCUGCAGCUGGUGGCCUUGCAAAGCUUUCUGGUGGCAUUGGCCGUACAAGGCGAGGGUGGGGAAGAUGCAGAACAGGAAAGUGGCCAAAGAAAGCAAGCCCUUGGAACUACGCUCUAUACAGGCAGUGUAGUACUCUUGUGGCUUGCAGCCGGCCUUACAGUGACCUCGGGAUUGCAAUACGCACGGGCGAUGAGGUGA